AGUAUUGUACAAACGGCUCUGCUCGCUGGGCCAGGCCUGCAGUGGCUACGGGCCCAUCCUUCACUGUCAGCCUGGAGCAGCCCCUCGGACCUCAACCUGCUGGUCAGUGGGUGGAGGUGGCACAGACACCACCCCACUGCGGACUGGACCAGACAGACUGUGAGGCACCAGCCGGCUCCGGGCCAGAGGACAUCUGAAGGGCUUCUUGGCUGUAGGGGGAUCUGCUUUUGGGACACCUCUUCAGGGCCAUCUCAGAAGGGACAGCAUCCGCCUGUCUGCUUCAACUCCCACUGACAACGUCCAUGUAUCAUUAGCGCUAAUUAGCAGAGGGAAGCAGGCAGAGCACUUGGCCUGGGGCGCAGGCUUGCGGGAGGGACAAUUGAAUUCCCCACCAGACAAAUGUGAUUACCCUUGCUGCCUGGACCCACCCCAUGCAGGACUGGGGCAUAAAUGGCCAAGUGGGACUGAAGAGCUCACCCCAGCCAUGCAGGCCCCUGGUCGUUGCUGUCACUGGGCCAGCCUGCCCAGCCCCAGCGUGUGGGAGGCGGCCUCCAUGUACGGCACAGCAGUGGCCGUCUUCCUGGUCAUCCUGGUGGCCGCACUGCAGGGCUCUGCUCCCACUGAGAGCCGCUUGCCCUACCACAUUCCCCUGGACCCCGAGGGGUUCCUGGAGCUCUCGUGGAACAUCAGCUAUGCCCAGGAGGCCAUUGACUUCCAGCUCCUGGUGCGGCGGCUCAAGGCUGGGGUCCUGUUUGGGAUGUCCGACCGUGGCAAGCCUGAGAACGCAGACCUGGUGGUGCUCUGGACUGACGGGGACACUGCCUAUUUUGCGGAUGCCUGGAGUGACCAGAAUGGGCAGAUCCACCUGGAUCCCCAGCAGGACUACCAGCUGCUGCAGGUGCAGAGGACUCCGGAAGGCCUGGUCCUGCUUUUCAAGAGGCCCUUUGGCACCUGCGACCCCAAGGAUUACCUCAUUGAGGACGGCACCGUCCACUUGGUGUACGGGAUCCUGGAGAAGCCGUUCCAGUCGCUGGAGGCCAUUAACACCUCAGGCCUGCGGAUGGGGCUGCAGAGGGUGCAGCUCCUGAAGCCAGACAUCCCCAACCCGGCGUUGCCCUCAGACACGUACACCAUGGAGAUCCACGCCCCCAACAUCCGCAUCCCCAGCCAGGAGACCACAUACUGGUGCCAUGUCAAAGAGCUCCCCAAGGGCUUCCCCCGGCACCACAUCGUCAUGUACGAGCCCAUUGUCACCAAGGGCAACGAGGGACUCGUGCACCACAUGGAGGUCUUCCAGUGCCCCCCCGAGAUGGACAGCGUUCCCUACUUCAGCGGGCCCUGUGACUCUGAGAAAAAACCCGACAACCUCAACUAUUGCCGCCGCGUGCUGGCUGCCUGGGCCCUGGGUGCCAAGGCAUUUUACUACCCAGAGGAAGCCGGCCUUGCCUUCGGGGGCCCUGGGUCUUCCAGAUAUCUCCGCCUGGAAAUUCACUACCACAACCCUCUGGUGAAAGAAGGACAGCACGACUCCUCAGGCAUCCGCCUGUACUACACCCCUACCCUGCGGCGCUUCGACGCCGGGAUCAUGGAGCUGGGGCUGGUGUACACGCCAGUGAUGGCCAUUCCACCGCAGGAGACUGACUUCGUCCUCACAGGCUACUGCACGGACAGUUGCACCCAGCUGAUGAGGAGGCUGAGGCUUGCUGGGAUCACAUUGCCAGCAGUCGCGCCGAGUGGAGAUUCAGAUACCAGCCUGUCUGACUUUGAAAGCUGUGUCCAUGGCAGCAGAUCGCGUCGUAAUGAGGUUUAUAGUGAAUUUUCCUUCCCAGUAAAUGAGUCGAUUAGGAUUUUUUCUUCUUGUGGGGAAGCCCCCAGACCAUCCCAGUCUUCCAAGCAAAGGUUCCUCAAGGCUGACGGGAGAUGGAGCUCUCGGCUGGCAUGGGACCCAUGGUCUCCCACAGGAAAUCAGUUCUCUUUGUCCGAGACUGGGCUGAGAAAUCUUAAACCCCACUCUGCAGUGGACACUCUCUCCCACUUCCCUAAAGCCCCCACUGGUGAAGCGUGGGCCCGUGUAAAAGGCUCCGUGGCCAGGGCUCAUGGGGAAGAGUGGCCUCAGGCCGGCAGCACCCACUGCCCCUUGCGAGGCCUUGGGGCCUUUGACCCCACUGACCACUGACCCUGAGAAUGCCUCUGUCCAGCCCCAGGAACGCAGAGCCACCUCCCCUUCCAGAGUCCCCUACUACCUUACAUGACAGAAUGAGAGUGUUCAGUCUUGUCUCCCCGUUAGCAGAUAACAGGGGCACAAAUUCUGCAGCCAAAAUCUGGCAUAGUCUAGAUAUCCCAGUGAAAUAGGCCAAGAAGAGAGUGCUGCUUUGGACCAGAGUGCCCAGAGGAGCGUGGUCCUCCCUCUACUUGGCUGUGCCUGGCAUGGCUAGGCCAGGGUCAGCUUCUGGGCACCAAAGGGUCAUUGCGACCCUUUGGGCUUCCAGGCCUGGCACACCAUGGCCCCUCAAGCCAUUGCAAGGGACACAAAGCUAUUAGUGACGGCAAGCUCAGGGGUGGCUGCUGCUUGGGAGGGAGAGGGAAAGAGUGAUAGUGACAGCAGAUGAGUCGUAAAAGGCUCGGCCAUUCUUGACUUUCAGGGAUGGGGCUUAUGGGACCUUGAGCUCUGGGAGCUGCUGAAGGCAUGAACAAGCUGGGCAGAGCCUGGCAGUGGGUGGGCAAGGAGACAACUCACUCACAAAGAAAAGGCUCAAUUUUAGGAAACACUUUCUCUUAGUUUUUUUUUUUGAGACAGAGUUUUGCUUGUGUCACCCAGGCUGGAGUGCAGUGGUGCAAUCUCAGCUCACUGCAACCUCCACCUCCUGGGUCCAAGGGAUUCUCCUGAGUAGCUGGGACUACAGACACUGCCACCACACCUGGCUGAUUUUUGUAUUUUUAGUAGAGAAGGAGUUUCACCAUGUUGGCCAGGCUGGUCUCAAACUCCUGACCUCAAGUGAUCUGCCUGCCUCGGCCUCCCAAAGUGCCAGGAUUAUAGACAUGAGCCACCACGCCUGGCCACGGAAACGCAUUUUCUAUCUAAAAAAGUUAGCAUUUGGUUAGAGAAAACUUUUGCUCUCUGGAAGAUUCUCUCAUGUCCCAGUGAUGGCUGGCGAGAGACCUCUUGGUGUGACGGCUGCUUUCUUUUCUGUGAGGCCAGCCUGCAGCCUCAGAGCGCCCAGCUGAGAGCACCCUGUGGUCACAUCCGUCUUGGUCUUGGACGACCACCUUCCAGUUGCAACUGCAGCUCCCAGCUGUGGCAGGGGCGAUGCUGGGCACAGGGAGAACGUAGCCUUGGCUGCCUUGAAGCCAAAAGGAGGCCACACUGCAGGGCAGCUGAAAGGCCUGCCCGGCCCAGCACGUAGGGCACUGCCAAGUAAGGCCUUCCACCUCUUUUUGUCCCCUGGAUGGCAAGGCCUUGAGCACAGAGACCACGCACUACUCAGCUUGGUGGCUUUGCCACUCCCUGUCCAUGGGGGACUCACCUUAAAGUUGACUCUGUUGACUGAGUGAAGCUGGACCCGUCAGGCUUUGCAGGCUCAGGAGAGGACCAAGGGCUCAGAAAGAAAGUCUCUCCCGAGUGGGACUGGGGGCUGCUUCCUUGGGAGCUGGGGGCUGUCAUGGCCACCUCACUCUUGAGCAGGUCAUUCCCCGUGAGGUUUCUGAUGGUGGCUCUGACCUGGCCGGGGAGAAAGACCUGGAAAAUUCAAGUGUUUCAGGGAAGCAAACUGCCCAGGGCACUGAUCCCUGCCGAGUCUGGCCAUGGACAGGAGGGUCCCCUCGGGGGUCGGGCCCUGACACUGCAGCCCCUC